GGACACAUGGAGGAGGGGGAGGAGCAGGAGGAAGAGGAGGAGGAGGAGGAGGCCCUGGUCCCGUUGGCAGGAUCAGGAUCUCAGCUGGUCUGUUACAGCCGGGCUGAGACUCUGUGGAUUCGGGGAGAACACUACCACGUCUCCACUGUCGGACCACUGGCUCAGCAGAUCCUAGAUAAGGAGGAGGACAUCGAUGUUCUCCAGGAGAAUCACCAGAGUCUGAACCACAUAAUAACGUCCAGUUGAAAGACUCUCCCCCCGUGACCAUGGCUGCGACCGCGGCUCGGACACCCAGCGGUCUGGUCUCAGCUUCGGCCAGGACCACCACCGUCCCGUUUCUCUCCACAGACACCAGAGAAAACCUCACCUCCAGAACAACAUUAAUGACUGUCAGCAUAAGGACAAACGAGAGCUUCUUCAACACCACCACGUAUCCUGAGGUGGUGAUCGAGGGCUCUGGAGUGGGAAUGGUUCUGGUCCCCUUUGGAAUCCUGACCCUCAUCGGUUUGGCUGUGGCCAUAAUGCUGUAUAUUCGCAAACGGAAGCGGCUGGAGAAGCUGAGGCAUCAGCUCAUGCCCAUGUACAACUUUGACCCGGGUGAAGAACAAGACGAUCUGCUUGAACAGGAACUCCUGGACCACGGUCGAGACGGCAGCCUCUCAGGCCCCAACAGCAAGACGCUCACAACCUCCCAAGGAACCACACAGCGGCCCAGUCGUCUGGUCUUCACAGACGUGGCCAAGGCGCUCAACGCCUGAAGCAGAUUCAUCCAAUCAUCCAUCUGAGUUUACAGAGACGGCUCGUCUCACG